AUGACAGAUCAUCCCAGCCUAAACGACGAGGAAGGCAUUGCCGUAGGCCAGGGCCUGAAGUCAGCUCUGACUGCAAAUAAACUGAGAAAGCGAGCGAGGCUGACCUUCCGACCAACGGAUGACUUACGUAGUCAUCUCAGACUCGACCGCAAACUUCACGUUGUGGAGAUAUUUCACCAUACUGCUUUCUUAAAAGAGCAUUUGAGACUAACAAAGGACCGGGCCAGAGUGAGCUCGGUGGCUGAACACCUACAACUCGGCGCACUCCCGCGACCGCUUGCUCUCGAGGUUCUAGACUCAAUUCAAAAAAUCAUAUUUCCCCACUCAGACCCAAAAUCCCGGGCCAUGCUCCGGUCGCUGGUCUCUAGGAGCAAUUUUGAUCCCGAUUGCCUGCGCUUUGAAUUUAACUCGAUCCGUAAUUCGGACGAGGAGGAUGUCGCAUAUCACUACUUUGGGUCUCGUAUGGUGGAUCUCUACGAAGAGCUCCAGAAUCCUGCACCUUAUGGACUGAUUGAAAAAUGGUUGGAAAGAAAGAGCGGAGCCCGAUAUGUCCUGCUCGCAACUUUAAUUGGGGUUCUCAUCGCUGUACUGCUGGGCAUUUUGGCACUCGCGGUUUCAAUCUAUCAGGCAUAUAUUGCAUAUCAAGCCUGGCAACAUCCAGUUGGAAAUGACGGCCCGGUUUCGAUAAGUGUCCUUGCGAGACGGGGCUGA